AUGGCCGCUCCAAAGUCAUGCACGGUGAUGCCUGCAUUUCGGCCACCUUUCCCCUUCACCCCCUCAGCUGUUGGCCGGCAGUGCCUUGCUUUGGUCCUGUUGACCGGACUCCGUUGGCGGAACGAGACGAGACCACGUCCCUUCCGAAACCCUGCUGCUCGGAUGGGCCGCACCACGCUCAUCCCAGCCCUAGUCAGCGGCGCGGAUCAUACGACUCCCGUCGCAGCUUUACCAAAAAAGCGGCGGAACGUCAGGGUCUCGGCCAAGAGUCGGGCCGCCUCAUCGUCGCAACACUCCGGGCUGACCAGGAUCGAUAUGAAAUGCCGUCGCUCACAACUCCGCCUCGCCUCAACCGCGCGUCCGCCUCCUUCUCCUCCUCCUUCUUCCCACUCUCGGCCAGCAACCAUCGUAUCUGCCUCCGACGCGCAAAAGGCUCCGUCUGCCUGCCCAUCCCAGGCUUCCACUGCCACCCCAGCCGCCGGUCCAUCUGCAAGCUCCGCCUCUUUCCAUCGCUCGUCACACCAUCCGGUCGUCGACACCAAACGCCGAGUGCCAUCUCGCCAUGCUCCGUUUUUAAGCCUCCGCGCACCAUCCAUCUGGGUCUUCCUCCAGCCCGGAGCUGCUCCCCGUCCGUCCGGGAUCCGGUACGGUCACGCCCACAUUGCGCUCUGCCUAGCUCGUAAACUCGUAGCCCGUAGCUCGUCUCGCUUCCUCGCGAGCGUCUACAACAGCAGCCCACUCAUGACGGCCAUGACCACCGCCAGCCAAGUCAACGCGCAGGCGCCCGUCUGCACGCUCAGCUAUCGCCACUUUCAUCUGCUUUGGACGCUGCCGCUCUGCGCGCUCCUCUUUCUCAUCGCCUCGCCUUUCCUCACCAAACUCGACCGUGCCAAGCUGAUCCUGCUGCCCAUCAUCGCAUUCGUAUGGACAACGCCCUGGGACAACAUCAUCGUCAAAAACCGCGCCUGGUCCUACCACCGCCACUGCAUCUGGUUCGCCAUCGGCUACGUCCCCAUCGAAGAGUACUUCUUCUUUAUCAUCCAGAGCCUCAUCUCCACCCUCUGGUGCACCCUCCUUACAAGAUGGCAUCUGCCCAACCUCUACCUCGCAUCGCCUGCCGACGGUCGUCGUCGCCGCAGUCUUGCCACUCCCACCCUCGUCGCGCUCAUCGUGCCACUCCUCCUCGGCCUCAGGCUCGCCGUACCAGACACCCACUCGUACUACCUCGGCAUGAUCUCCUGGUGGGCCUCCUUGCCCCUCGCUCUUCUCCUCUGGGGCUCCAUCGACUUUAUCCGCAACAUGCCCGUCCGCGCCGGCCUCUUGCCCUUCGCCCUCUCCGUCCUGGCUCCCACAGCGUAUCUGUGGUGCUCCGACGUCUACGCCCUCCGUCGCGGUACUUGGCACAUCAACGAGGCCACCUCGCUCAACAUCUUCCCCAUCCCGGACCUCCCCGUCGAGGAGAUGCUCUUCUUCCUCGUCACCAACCUCAUCCUCGUCAGCGCCUGCUACACCUUUGACCGCUGCGUCGCCAUCUGCAGGCAGACCGCUGCGUCAGAUCGUCCUCCGCUCUCACCCAGCUAUCUGCCGCUCGCCACUCCAUCCACCUACGCGGAGCUUUGGAACGCCUUUGUCCGCUCCGACCAUCGCCCACACCUCACCACCGCGCUAUCGGCGUGCGUCGAGCCUCGCGAUCUCUCGGCGUCCUUGCGCGUGCUUCGCGCCGCCUCCAAAUCCUUCAACGCCGCCAGCCUGCUGCUGCCGUGGGAUUUGCGCACCGACCUCGGCUGCCUCUACGCCUUUUGCCGCGUGGCUGACGACCUGGUCGACGACGAGGCAGAGAGUGUCGAGGCGAAAUCGCAGAAUCUCGAGGUGGUCAGGGGCAUCGUGGAUGCCAUCUACGCAGAGUCGGACACCAACGCCAAGCCGCCCAACUCUGCAGAUCAGCCUGCCGUGCCCAUCAGCGAUCGCAUGCGUCUGCUGCUCGCCUCGGUGGCGUUGGCGGAAAGCGUCAAGGAGGAUGUACGCGCAGCCGCAGCGUCGAUAGCGCCGCUCACACACUACAUCCCCAAGCGUCUUUGGUACGAGAUGCUCGAGGGCUACAGCACCGAUCUGCGCUUCGAGCAUGCGGAUGUACACAAGCGCACGCGUCUGAUCACCAUGGACGAUCUCGUCGAGUACUCGCAGUGCGUCGCGGGCGUCGUGGGAGAAAUGUGCACGCGCGUCAUCCUCGGCCGCUGCGGGUUGGCGGUGCCUCUCGACCUGCACGUCGAUCGCAAGAUCGUGCUCGGAGGCAUCCCUGUGGGUGGGCGCAACGAGAAGUCUUCGUCAUUGGCAGGUGGCGCGCCGGCAGCCAAGCUGGACCUGUCGAACCCUGCCGACAUGCAUGCGCUGCUGUACGAGGCGCGUCGUAUGGGUGUCAGCCUGCAACUGGUCAACAUUGCGCGCGACGUGGUGCCGGACGCACUCGAGCUGCGCCGAUGCUACCUUCCCGCCGAGCUGUUUGAUGAGGCGGACAGCGGCAUGCAAGAGGCACUGUUGCACGGCCGGUUGAACGUGCCCGAACGUAGCGCGGCCGCUGCGGGCAAGGCGGCCAAGGCGGGCAAGUCGAAGGCCGAGCAAGCGAAGGAGGCGCAGGUGGCGGUCGAGCCUGGCGAGGUGCGCAAGUAUGCGCUCCGACUGCUUGCCAUGUCGCGUCGACUGUACGAUCAGGCGUAUCCUGCGCUCGGCCAGAUCCCGAACCGGCCGGCGCGCGCGGGCCUCAAGGCAGCCUGCGCGGUGUACGCUGCGAUUGGCACCAAGAUCGAGGCGCAGACUGCCGACGACGUUGCAUCGGGCCGACGUGCGCGCAUGUCGAAUCGAGACCGCAUCGUGCGUGCCGCCGCGGCGGUCUACUUUGGCGUGUGA